AGAACAAACCCAAGAAUCUCGUCUAAUCUGAUCAACCAUGUCGAACGUCUUGCUAUCCCCAAACGGCUAUGUGUUUGCAUCGCCCAAACCUCUUGGCAGAUUCCUGAAUUCAAAGUCCGGCGGACGGAAACUUCUCGUCUCCGUCGUCAGAGCUUCUUCUGAUGAUGCUGAUUGUAAUGCCGAAGAAUGCGCUCCUGAGAAGGAGGUAGGAACAGUGAGUAUGGAAUGGUUGGCUGGAGAGAAGACGAAAGUGGUGGGAACAUUUCCUCCUCGGAAGCCGCGUGGUUGGACUGGCUAUGUUGAGAAAGAUACUGCCGGUCAGACUAAUGUUUACUCCAUUGAGCCUGCAGUAUAUGUUGCAGAGAGCGCGAUUAGCUCAGGUACUGCAGGAUCAUCUUCUGAUGGGGCUGAGAACACAGCAGCAAUCGUAGCAGGCAUUGCCCUUAUCGCAGUCGCUGCAGCUUCCUCUAUACUCCUCCAAGUUGGGAAAGAUGCACCGACUCGACCAAAAGCAGUGGAUUACAGUGGACCGUCUCUUAGCUACUACAUCAACAAGUUCAAGCCAUCAGAAAUUGUUCAAGCUUCUACCCCCUCCGUCACAGAAGCUCCGCCGGUGGCCGAGCAAGAAACCUCAAUGCCAGAAACUCCACCGGUGGCUCAGCAAGAAACCUCACUGCCGGAAACUAUGGCCAGUGAGGCUCAGCCAGAGGCGUCUUCUGUUCCAACAACAAGUAGUACCUCUUAGGAGGUUAGCCUAGGAUUAUAUCUUGUGUAAAGAUGAGAUGAAGCAUAGACCAAUAUUAUGCAUUCUGUUAAUAUUCGGAUAUACCUAUAUGUAUACACUCUUCUCUAUGAGUUAAUCAAAUUUCAAAUCCUAU